AUGUCAAACUAUAAUAAUGAAGAUGAUAAAUUAAAGAUGAUGACAUUUAAAAGAGUCAUUCAUAUGUCGGUAGAGCGUAUAGGUACACUUGCACUGAUACAUAUUCCAAUCAUUUAUAAAUACGAGAAUGCAAUCGAGGUGCAAUGGAUGUUAUCAAAUGGUUAUACUACUCUAUUACAUUACAAGUUGGAUAGAGAUGAUACACUAAGGAUGGGUUCGGUAUUGGACGAGUCUUCAGAUAAUCGUAUCAUUGAAUUAAGACAACUCAUUCAAGAUAUAUUUAAAACAAAAGAUAUUGCACUCAGUGUCAAAUUGUUCAAUCGAUUCAAGACUGAAUUCCUUCAAGUAGAUAAUUGUAUCGAUUUGGCAUGUUUUAGUGGUAGUCUGGAUGUGGUCAAGUUAUUGGUAUCACUGUCCACGAGUAACAACAGCAAUCCAAUCACAAGAGAUGCACUUGAAAAUGCGUUCUAUUCAGGAUCACUUGAAUUGGUUCAAUAUUUGGACAAGUUUAUUGACAUAUUUCAAGUCUAUCGUGGCACGACGAGCAAUACAAAUGUAAAUCAGAGAAUCCUCAAGUCAUAUCAUACUUUUGCUCUAGAACAGAGUACAAUUGAACCAACCAAAUUUAUCAACAACUUUAUAAUACCAGUAUUGUUUCUCAAUACUGAACCAUCUCAUAUCAUUCAAGGAUAUCCUUUAUUGGCUAUACCCAAUAAUAACAGUUACAAUUGGUCAAUAGAAAAUAUGCACAAAGAGUUAAAAAAUAAUGAAUCAUACUUUUUAAAAGUUUGUCAAGCUCUACCUUGGAUUUUUCAACAACAAGAUAAUAUCAAUAUAUUGGAUACUCAAGUUAGAACUAUUAUGAAAGAAAUUGAUUGUAAUAAUCGUCAUAUAUAUCAACCUAUUUACAAUAUGAUAUUUGGUUAUGAAUCACUUCUUCAAAAUAAUCAUUCCUUGGAAACUAUUGGAUUAGUACAUAAUCAAUUAAUUAAAUCGGUUGUUAGACUUGGAGUUGUUAGUCGGUUGGUUUUCAUGUAUCUUCUUGGUGGAGGUCAAAGUAUAUCAAAAUUGGAACAAAUUGCUAGUUUUAUACAUCAACAUAUUACAUUGGAUCAACUCAAACUACUCCUUCAACUUGAUCCAUCUAUUGCCACGUCUUUUAGAAUAACAAAACCAGAAUGUUUCGAGGAAGAUGUAUUUUUAUAUCUAUUAGAGAUUGGUAUUCUGACAGAGGAAGUAGUUAUUGGACAAUGGAAGACAUCGAUUUCAAUUGGUGACUUGCCAUCGAUAAGAUUUGGUAUACUUGCAAUGACACUCAUUCAAGCAGGAGGUCAUCCAUCAUAUCACCAAUCAUAUCAACAUUCAAACCUAACAGAUUUAUGUCGAUCCAACAACCAUUACAACAAUCAACUAGUCUUGUAUUUGGUUGAAUCCAAAAAAUGUUGUGUUUUGUAUGCAUUGGGCGCAGCUAUUAGAGCAGCCAACUAUAGAUUGUUUGAUCAAAUAGCAGCUCUUUCAAGUGAAAAUGAACAAAACACGCAAUAUCCAAUGACAAGUGGAGUUGAUAAGGCUCUUCAAAGUAUUAUUGGUGUUAAUGAUUUUGACCGUUUUGGUGUUUUCAUCAACCAUAUCAAUGAUAACCUCUAUAGUACGGCCGUAUCACCAAAGUUUUGUCUACGGUAUGGUAGAACUUGGUUCCUUGGUAAAAUCAUUUUUAAAUAUCAAUCCUUACCUUUGCAUUGA